CCUGGGGAAAGUUUGAAGGCGCCAUGCUGUCACAGAGGGUUUGACUGGACGGUGGAGGAGGAGGCGCAGAGAGACAGAGAGCAAGAGGACGUCGGGAGAGCAUGCAGUAGCAGCACGUCGCGCUAGAGCCAACGAGAGAGGAGCAGACGAGUGAAGUGAGUUCGCGGGAGAGAAGCAAAGUAGAAGCAGUCCCCGACAGGAGAAGACGCAGUGGGGAGUUGGAGGAGAAGGGGAGGAUACCCUGGAAGUUAGCGGGGAGGAGACUGAAGGGUGAAGGAGGAUGAUGAGAUUACAUCUUUCCAUCGUAUGCGUGCUGUGCGCACUUGGAAUUGGCAGAGCUGCUGCGAACCACCUGCCACUCCUUUCUACCCCUGGCGCCCUGAGGAUGCCCAAGGGAUGCAUACGGCUCAGUGGAGGAGGUGCAGCACACUUUGGGAUAUCGGAGGAUGAGAAAGCCAGCCUGUCGCAGCUGAGGGAGAAGCUCGGGGGCACGCUGAAGCAAGCGUGCAAGAGCAACCCUGACUUCCACCAUGACGACCGAUUGAUUCGGUUACUGCGCACUAACCAGGGCGACGUCGAUAAGACCGUAGCAUUCUUCAAGAGCAUGCUCCGAUGGAGGAGUGAGCUGGACAGUGAUGCUAUCAGAGCUCAGGUCGCCAAACACUGGACUGAACGCUUCUGGGACCUCAAGUGCCUUCCGAAGAAAGAAGUGAUGAGGAGGUACUAUCACUUCGAGCCCAACCACGCGGUCAAUCCUGACGGCGACCUGGUGUCGGUGGAAUGCACUGGGAAGAUUCAGAUAAGAAGUUUCAUGAAGGAGAUCUCAGAGCAAGACAUCAUGCGAUUCUGGUGCUACCUGAUGGAGUGGAAUAUGAUAAAGUUGGCUCAGUUGUCCAGGGCUCACGGCAGGGUUGCACGGAUGGUACAGAUCAAAGACAUGGAAGGGCUCAAA